CUGCUUAACAUAUUGUAUGUCAAACAUUGACAAUUCUGAUCAAUUGAGUCAAACUGAUAGUUUAAUAUGGACGUCUAUACUAGUUUUAAGAAAUACGACUACAUAUUAAACAACAAAAGCCUUUUAUUAGCAGAAAAAAUCAUAGUUUUAUUAGAACUAUGGAAUAAAAUUAAUAAGGCUAAUGAACAGCUGAAACAAGUUAAUGCAACUUUCAGAGAACGUUUUGAAAAAUUGAUACAUUUGGUUGUCAAUACAUGGAACAACUCAACUUUAGAAAAAUUAAUGAAAGUGUCCAGCAUUGAGCUUACUAAUGAAGAUAUAGAUUUUUUUAAUUACGAACAAGCAUAUGUUAUUUCAGUGAGAUUAAUGAAACUUUGUGACUGUAAUUGUGAAGAUCUGGCAUUAAAUCUAGCAACGGCUUUUUUGAAGUAUGUUGAAUCGAAUAAUAUCAUUAGAAUCAGUGUAGAACAAAUAUGGUUUAUUUUUGAUGUAAAAAUUAGUCUUCUGUAUAAAUUUAAGGAGAAAAUAAAAAUAGAAGAUAUUUUAAGAGAAAUGAAUUAUGAGGAUGGAAUUUAUUUAAUAAAAAGGUUCAUUAAUAAAAAACCUAAUUUAAUGAAAAUCUGGAAAUAUUCUCCCAAAAUUGCCAUGAUGGCUAUACAUUCAUUUUUAGAAAAAAUUGUAACUGAACACAAAACAAAUUUAAAUUUUUUUAAUGAGUUAUUAGAAAUGUACAUUGCUCUAAGCACCGUUACUGAUUCUUUAGACCAUUUGAGUACAAAAAUAAAACAACUAUGUGAAAUAUCUAACUUGUCCACCCUUCAUAGUUUUUGCGAAUAUUUUAAAAAUGUUAAAAAUCCAAAACUAAAAUAUUGUAUUGUCGAAAUAUUUAUUAAAACUCUAACUGUUUACAUGAACGAAUUGGAGUUACUAAAAAAUAAACAGGACGUUGAAAAUAUUAAAUCAGUAACGUCAACAUUAGCUGAAAUUUUCUGUGGCUUGGCUGAAUAUAUGAAUCAGAAAAUCAAAGUUGCAAGAGAAUGCGUCUUGACAGCAUUUAGCUUAGAACCUACAAGUGAGAGGUUGAAUUUUUUGGAAAUCUUAGCCGAUAAAAGUGGACUGCAGGGUACAUCUAAAACUGUGCAAAAUGAUUUACUUGAUUCAAUGUUAUCGAUAGCUCAAGAACAAAUUAAAUUGGAAAUUCAGUCAGCUGAAUAUAUCGCCAUUCAGGUGGAUGAAACCACUGACAGCUCCAAUAAAACCCAAAUGACUUUUAUAGUACGGUAUAUAUUGUCAGGCAUCGUUCAUGAAAGGUUCAUAAAAUUUAUAAUUCCGUCCGGUACCACAGCCGAACACUUGUCAGACGUAAUUUUUAAAGAAUUAGAAAUUUUAGAAAUACAUAAAACACCGGAAAAAUUAAUUGGACAAAGUUAUGAUGGAGCAUCUACUAUGAGUGGACGAUUAGGUGGAGUGCAAAAAAAAAAUAUAGAACGAUAUCCUGCUGCUAAUUUUAUUCAUUGCUAUGCCCACCAAUUAAACUUAAUACUGCAAAAAGCAGCUAGUCAAAAUAAAAACGUAAAAAUUUUUUUUGCCAAUUUACAGGGGUUUUCUACAUUUUUUAGUCGAUCUCCAAAACGUACAGCAGUUCUCGACGAAUUUGUUAAAGUUCGUUUACCUAGAGCCGUACCGACAAGAUGGUAUUUUAACGCACGUUGUGUGGAAACUGUCUUUCUAUAUCAGGUUGAUAUUCUGGCUUCUCUAGAGAAGAUAAUUGAGACUGAAGAAGAUUCCAAUACAAUUGAUUAG